AUGUCAAGUCGGAUAGUAACUUUAGUUUCAGUUGCUUUAUAUUUUGCUCUUAUUAUAUCUUUUACUAUAAUUGGUUUUGCUUCAUUAAUUGUCGGAGCUGUGGGUCUUGCUAAUUUUAUACCAACAUACACUGCCUUUAAAGCAUAUACGAAUAAUACAUGUCUUAUUGUCGAUAUUGAUGAUGAUUGGUGUCCAAAUACAGGCUUUUGUGUUAUGUGGUCUGUAGAAUAUUAUAUUUCAAAUGGAACUCAUGCCCAACUAAUAUUUUCAACUAUAGUCAACAAAUUUGUAUCAACAGCCACAGCAAUGCAAAAAAUAGAUACUUAUGAUAUAAUCACUAGCCAAAUAUGUUAUUAUGAUACAAAAAAACUUGUUAAUGUACAAUGGGAAAAACCGGUGUCACCGACUCCUUAUUUCUUUAUGAUGAUUAUUGGCCUUAGUUUAAAUGUAGCAUAUAUUAUUAGUAUCUCAUUUUGUUCUUUUUUUCAAUCUAAACAAGUACCAGAAUAG